AUGUCAGCAGGAAAAGUUUACGAGGGUAUUUUGCCCGUUCACAAACCAGAAGGCGUCACAUCAGCCGACGUCCUCCGCAAACUGCAAAAACACUUCAACCCCUCCACCACAUUCCGGCCCUGGAUUGAAGGCGAAAUCAACCGCCGCCAGAACGACGUCAACUUCCGCAAUCGACGCAAGAAGAGACCCGAAGUGAAAAUCGGCCAUGGCGGGACGCUCGACCCAAUGGCGACAGGCGUACUGAUUACGGGUAUUGGAAGGGGUACGAAACAUCUUAUCAAAUUCCUGGAGUGUCCCAAGACCUACGAGACGGUGGUGUUGUUUGGUGCGGAGACGGAUACAUAUGAUCGCACCGGCAAACUCGUUCGGAAAGCGCCCUAUGAGCAUAUUACGCGGGCAGUGGUUGAGGAAGCUAUGAAGAAAUUUCGCGGAAAGAUUAUGCAGCGUCCACCCAUUUUCUCGGCGAAGAGUAUACAAGGUGUAAGGUUAUACGAGUACGCGAGAAAAGGAAUGGAGCCACCGGUCGAAAUCAAGUCGCGAGAAGUCACAGUGUAUGAUUUGCAGAUUUUAGAAUGGUAUGAGCCUGGGACACAUGACUAUAGGUGGCCAGAGGUGGAAAUGUCGGGUGAAGAGAAGGAGGUUGCAGAGAAGAUGUUGGAUAAAGAGGCUGCGAUUCCGGUUGCGUCGGAGGCAGAAGAAGCCGAGCAAGCAGCAGCGAACUCGCUUUUGGAGGAUAAGAAGAAAAAGAGAAAGGCCUCUCCCAGUCUUGAUGAGAAAAGCGCAAACCAAACCACAGAAACAGCGACGGAUUUAAAACGUUUGAAGUCUGAUACCGAGACAUCGCAACCUGCCCAAACUUCCACCGACGGUGCAAAGAAUGAAAACAAAGAUACAGAGAACACCACAGAAGAGACAAAAGAACCAAAAGAAGAAAAUCGGCCCAACCCACCAGCCGCCAAAAUCACCAUGACAGUCUCCUCCGGCUUCUACGUCCGCUCCCUCGCACACGAUCUCGGCAAAGCAGUCGGAAGUUGCGGACUAAUGAGUUCACUGGUCCGCUCCAAACAGGGUGAUUACACGCUGGAUCCCGAGAAGAUUCUGGAAUAUCAAGACCUGGUGGCUGGAGAAGAGGUUUGGGCUCCCAAGGUCAUUCGGCUUUUGGAGGAGUGGGAGGAGAAAAAUCCGCUUGCGGAAAGUUCAUAG